UGUUGUCAGUGUGCUGUGGACGUUGUUCAUGUGUUGUUCGUGGAAUGUUGUGACGGCAGGAAGAGACACAAAAGAAAAAAAAAACACACACACACACAGAUUCCCCUAUUGUUUUUUAUUGUUGCGCAUAAAAGCGAGUCAGCGUUUUGCGUUCAUUUUUAGACGAGCGUUUUGUCAAAAUGUACGUUUGAGGGUGCGAAAUAAACAGUGCGUUGUGCAACGAUUGUCGCAAAACAUAACUGCUGAUGCAGUUCCCAGUCGCUGCUCGUUAUUCUCCGACGGUGGAGUUAACACGUAGUGCGAGUGACUAAACGAGGUAUCUUCCGAGGGAGGAAAAAACAAAACCUGCUCGCAUCAGGUGUCGUCAUCAGCGAUCUAACAGUGCGGACAACGAACCACAUCGAACAACUCCCUUCCCCGUCACAACAGGACAACGAAGAAUCAUGGAUGCGAACGAGAGUGGCAUCGAGGAAAAAUUCAUCCAAAACGGCGUGUUGCUAAAGCAGGCCAACGCAUCGUACAUUGCGGCGCUAAACUCGGAAGGCAUCCUUACGUUUGGCCAGUGCAUUAAGACGAAUCUGCACGUGUUCGAGUGGAAGCCCGAAACCUGCGACAUCACCGAUUCCGAGAGCCUCGAAAGCGGCUGGUCUUUGGUGGAUCCGAUUUCUCGGCAACCGUCACCACAGCAACCACAGCAACCUGCUUCGAUAGCAUGCAUGCCAGUGCGGGCAACCAGUGAGGAACCGCCGGCCACGACAGGUGCCACAACGAAAGCGAAACUGUCCAUCCGCGUGUUUCUGCGCGAACUGAAGGGUCUCGAAACGUAUAGGGACGAACUGCGCUUUUACAACCACGACCACACGGUGCACAGCGUGUAUCUGUUCCGGCAAACAUCGACCAGUGUACUGCUCCAGCUACUGGAACGGUUCCGUUGCGUGCGGAAGAGCACACACCGGAAGAACUUCUAUCGAUGUAUCGACGACCCGGAUCAGGAUAAGCUACAGAAAUCGUUUUCCGAGCUCAACAUUGCCGACAUACGGGCCCGUCCUCGGCCACGACCGUACAUGGACAUGCUGUCGAAGUGGGCCAAUGUGCAGCAAAUCCUUCCCAUUCAUCGGCCAGUCUCGCAAAGUGCAAUUCCCGGUGAGCUACGGUUGAGCAACUUGAAUGCCAGCGUCGAAGCAGAUGCUGCGAAUCGACAGUCUUCGGCAGACCAACAGCAAGCUCACCCGGCUGCUGUCAAUGGUGAGAAGGAACAAACGGAAUCCAAGAAGCUUGCCCCACGUCCUGCGGUACAUCGUGGAUUGCCACUGGACGCUGGAACCUGGGAGGACGUAAAGUGCCCGAAUGGAUCCAUUUCUGAUCCGGAACGCGUCAAGGAGAUUAUUUUCCGUGGAGGCAUCAAGCAAGACAUACGAGCGGAAGUGUGGAAAUAUCUGCUCGGACUGGACGUCUGGGAGCACACGGCCCAGCAGCGAGAUGAGCGAAGGGCUCACAAAACGCAGGAAUACUUUCAGAUGAAGUUCCAGUGGCUCACGAUGACCGCAACGCAGGAGCACAACUUUACCGGCUACCGAGAGCGCAAGUGCCAGAUCGAGAAGGACGUGAAGCGAACGGAUCGAACGUACGAAUUUUUCGCCGGCGACGAUAAUCCAAAUCUCGCCAAGCUGCAGGACAUCCUCAUGACGUACGUCAUGUACAACUUCGACCUGGGCUACGUCCAGGGGAUGAGCGAUUUGCUCGCCCCGAUCCUCAGCCUGGUGCAGAACGAGGCGGAAAGCUUCUGGUGCUUCGUCGGCUUCAUGCACAAAGUGUUUGCCAACUUCGACAUCGAUCAGAAAGGCAUGAAGCAGCAGCUGGAGCAUUUGCGCGUGCUGCUGUCGUUCGUGAAUGAGCGGCUGUUCAAUUAUAUGCGCGAAAACCAGUCGGAAAACAUGUACUUUUGUUUCCGCUGGCUGCUCGUCUGGUUUAAGCGCGAGUUUUCCAACGCGGACAUUAUGCAGCUGUGGGAGGUGCUGUGGACCGGGCUGCCCUGUCCAAACUUUCAUCUAUUUGUGUGCGUUGCCAUACUGGACCAGGAGAUGGACGUGUUUAUCGAUGGGCAGUUCAGCUUCACCGAGAUUCUGAAGCACGUGAACGAACUGUCGGGCAAUUUGAAUCUGGCGGCCGUGCUCGAACAGGCCGAAAGCAUCUAUCUGCAGCUGAAGCAGACACUGGAAGCAUCGCCCAAAGAGUCGUACCAUGAGCUGAGGAAGAUCAUCGGCGAACAGCUGAGCUCGAGCGAUGGCAGUGGAACGACGGGUAACACGGACGAGGACGAGGACGACGACGAUAGCUGCAUGUCGAUCGUGAACGAGCGCUCGCCAGAGGAGAAGGAAAUUCUUCAACGAAAGCUGGACGAGGCGUGCGAUCUUUCGCUAAGUUACAUGUUUUUCUAAGCCGUAGGGUAGUGUGGCAUGGGUUGAUGGGAUCGAAUGGGAACCGAAACGACAACACCACAGAAACACAACACACACACACACAAACACAAUUUUGUAGCCAUGAGAAGAAUGUACAGUAAACUGGUUUAUUCACUUUUUGUUACUUUGCUAA